AUGGCAGACGGCACGGCGCAGUCGGAUGGCCAACACGAUCUUGGAAAUGGCAGGAAGCACAUCCUCCUCAACGCCUUCGACAUGUCGACAAUAGGGCAUUUGUCGCCUGGGCAGUGGAAGAACCCCAAAGACAAGUCGGCGACGAAGCGAGAUCUCAACUACUGGAUUGAGCUGGCCAAGCUGCUGGAGCGAGGCGGGAUCAACGCGCUGUUCCUGGCCGACACGUACGGCGGAUACGACACGUACGAGGGCUCGCUGGACAACUGCAUUAGGAGGGCUGCCCAGUGGCCCAUGACAGAUCCGACUAUCCCCAUCUCUGCAAUGGCGGCAGUAACCAAGAACCUGGCUUUUGGAAUCACAGCGUCAACGUCAUUCGAGCCGCCAUUCCUCCUGGCUAAGCGGUUCUCGACAUUGGAUCAUUUCACGCGUGGCCGGUUGGGUUGGAACAUUGUUACCGGGUGGAAGAAGGCCGCCUUCAAGGCCAUCGGGUUGGACAGCCCCAUCGACCACGACGAGAGAUAUCGCCAAGCGGACGAGUACUUACGAGUGCUCUACAAGUUGUGGGAGGGAUCAUGGGCAGACAACGCCAUCGACCCAGACCCGGAGAACGACAGCUACGCGGACCCAGACAAGAUCCGUACAAUCCACCAUCACGGACAGUACUACAACCUAGAUACACGGCACAUCGUGGACCCGUCGCCGCAGCGGACGCCGUUCCUCUUCCAGGCAGGCACGUCGCCAGCGGGGUCAGCAUUCGCAGCGGCACACGCCGAGGCCAUCUUCGUGUCGUCACACUCGCCGGCGGUGCUGCGGCCCAAGGUGCAGAAGAUCCGCGAGCUGGCGGCGGAGCGGGGCCGCGACCCGCGGUCGGUCAAGUUCUUCGCGACGUUCACGCCCAUCAUCGGGCGGACGGACGCGGAGGCGCAGGAGAAGUACGAGGAGCUCAAGAAGUACGCGUCGGUCGUCGGCGGGCUGGUGCUGUUCAGCGGGUGGACUGGCAUCGACAUCUCCAAGAUCCCGCUGGACCAGGAGAUCACCGCGGCCGACUCACUCGAGGCGCACAAGGUGCGCAGCAUCCUGGACAGCUUCACGACGACGAGCAAGGAGGUCCCCCGGUGGACGCCGCGCGUGGUGGCGGAGCGGGCGUGCAUCGGCGGGCUGGGCCCCGUGUCGGUGGGCAGCCCGCAGACGGUGGCGGACGAGCUCGAGGCGUGGGUGCGCGAGGCGGAUGUGGACGGGUUCAACCUCGGGUACGUGACGACGCCCGGCACGUUCGAGGAGGUCGUCGACCUGCUGGUGCCCGAGCUGAGGAGGCGCGGGCUCUACCCCGAGCCGCUGGAGGAGCAGCUCACGGCGCGGGAGAAGAUCUAUGGCAAGGGCCAGAAGGGGCUAAGAGACGACCAUACCGGGAGCAGGUAUAAGUAUGAUGUCUACCAGGAGGAGCCGGCAUAUGUCAAGGAAGAGGAGAAGAAGGAUGAAGAUGUACCACAGCCCCAGGCGGGCUAA